AUGGUCCAACUCUUCAACACCCUCAUUCUCACGGCCGCCGUCCUCGGCACCGUCGCCUACGCCCAAAUCACCGCCGAGUGCGGCGUCGGCCUCGGAAACUGUCCUUCCGACAAGCCCUGCUGUUCCCAAUACGGCGUCUGCGGAGUCGGAGCCUACUGCCUCGGCGGGUGCGACCCCAAGCACUCGGCCACCAUCGACUCGUGCGCGCCCGCACCCAUGUGCAAGAACAUCGACAGUACCUUCAGCAACCUGGACCGCAUCGCCGACAAGACAAAAUAUCUCGGCGACCCGAGCAAGGCGGACUGGGUUGCGGACGGCGAGCCUACCAUCUACGACAACCAGCUGCUACUGACAAUGGCGCCCGACACUGUAGGAACAGUCCUAGCAAGUACGAACUAUGUGUGGUACGGCAAGAUCUCGGCGACGCUCAAGACGAGCAGGGGCAAGGGCGUGGUGUCGGCGUUUAUCUUGUUGAGUGAUAUGAAGGACGAGAUUGAUUAUGAGUGGAUUGGUGUGGAUCUGGAUACAACGCAGACAAACUUUUACUGGCAGGGAGUACCGAAUUACACAAAUGGUGGGAACAUCUCUCUCUCGGAGGACACCUACAACAACUUCCACACCUACGAGGUCGACUGGACCCCCGAUACCGUUACCUGGUCCGUCGACGGCCAGGUCGGUCGUGUGCUCAAGAAAUCCGAUACCUACAACUCCACCACCAAGCAGUACAACUACCCCCAGACCCCCUCGCGCGUGCAGCUCUCCCUCUGGCCCGGUGGUCUUGCCUCCAACGCUCCCGGAACCAUUGCUUGGGCCGGUGGUGAGAUUGACUGGGACUCACAGGACAUCAAGGACAACGGCUACUACUACGUGACCUUCAAGGAGGUCAAGAUUGAGUGCUACGACCCCCCCUCAGAUGCGAAGAAGAGUGGAAGCGGCUCCGUCUCCUACAUCUACGACGACGCCGCCGGCUACGAGAGCAACGUCGUCAUGACCGACAAGGGCACCGUCAUGAAGAGCUUCCUCGGCACCGGCAAAAACAUGACCGCCGCACUCCCGGCAUCAAAGACCAGCAGUGGGGCAUCGCCGAGCGCAACCGAUGUCGAGACCAUCCCCGGAUUGACUGGUGCCGGUACCGGCGCGAACGGUUUGAGGGGUGAGGAGGAGACCACCACCACUGGGUCGGCGUCGACCAGCAGCGAGACCGCCGCAAGUGGGUCGUCGGAUUUUGUGCAGCAGGCACAGGGAUCCGGAGCAGAUAGAGUUAGGAUCGGUGGUGUGGUGGCCCUUAUGGCCGCUGUUUUCGUCGGCGCUGUUGCUUUGUAG